GAACAAGCAGCCUGCCAUCCCAAGUCGCUCUCAAGUUGGUGUGUUUAAAUGUGUGUGAAGAAGGCUGACCAUGGGUUUCACAGCAGCAGCCAGAGGAUGUAUCGUCAUUCUCUCCAUACUGGGUGGGAGAUUUAUCACCGCAUCACAAGUCUACCGACCCAUAGGACUCCGGGUGAAGGUGGAGUCAUCGUCCGAGUGCUCAGUGUAUAGUUGCACCUGGGCAGAGCUCAAAUGUGUCAGCGAUCAGUAUCUGCCUCCAUCCAUGAGCUUCGUAUGGUACAAGAACGAGGAGAUCGUUCCAGGAGAAACAGCUUCUUCUUAUUCAGACUACUUCUAUGAUGAAGACAACUGUGCCUGCGCAAUAAUGGGACACGAGCAUCACCCGUCUCCUAUAGUGUGUGUAUAUCUUGACACUUGCAACAGAGUGACGUACAGCUACAGAAGCACUUGUGCUCCCAGAGGCUCAACGGUGAACAUUUAUUGUCUGUACAAUGCUUACGAGAAGGACUUUGAGUCAAGAUUCUGGUUCGGCCACCGAUGGUCGUAUUCUUCACACCGUGAAGACAUUCGUAAAGAUUCCCAGUAUGCAGGUCGUGUUCAGGUCUUUGACGAAAAGCGAUCUAACGGAAUACGCUCCAAUCUGCGAAUCAGCAACCUGAGAGAAAGUGAUGCAGACCAGUAUGACUUCAAAUUCAAAACAGGAAGCUUUAAAUGGAAGAACGUUUUACCUGGAACAUAUCUGACUGUAACAGAUCUCGAGCUGACGGUGGCCACAAUAACAACUGAAACAUCUUAUGUGUUGGCAGAAGUGACGUGUCACAGCCGCUGCUCUGAGGCUUCUUAUGUCUUUUUUAAGAAUGGGAAUAAAAUCACUUCAGGAUCCUCGAGACACAGAGGGUACUUUUACCCUGGAGACACAAUCUCCUGUGCUUUGGAGAGAUAUGAGGAUUAUCGCUCACCUUCAUUGUAUACUCCGAGGGAUCCCUCAGUGUGGGCGAGUCCCUCUGGAGAAAUCAUGGAGGGCAGUUCAGUGACUCUGACCUGUAACAGUGAUGCUAAUCCAGCGGCUGAAUACUCCUGGUACAAAUAUGCAAACUCCUACCAAACAUUCCUGGGUAAUGGAGCACAGCUUGUGUUGAGGUACAUCCAGCCCUCUGGCUCUGCAGAGUACCGCUGCACCGCUCAGAAUAAACUCGGGAGAUCACAUAAUUCCAUAUCUAUCAAUGUGAAAUAUGCUCCAAAGACCUCCUCCGUAUCAAUGAGUCCUUCAGGUGAGAUAGUGGAGGGCAGUUCAGUGACUCUCACCUGUAGCAGUGAUGCUAACCCAGCAGCUACUCACACCUGGUACAAGGAGAACCAACAGUUGCUCCAAGGACCUGGCAAUUAUCAUUUCACCUCCAUCAGCUCAGAGGACAGAGGAACCUACUACUGCAAGUCUGAGAAUCAGUACGGACGUGUCAUGUCUUCAUCUCUAUCCAUAGAUGUCAAGUAUGUUCCAAGACUUCCCUCUGUGUCAGUGAGUCCCUCUGCUGAGAUAGUGGAGGGCAGUUCAGUGACUCUGACCUGUAGCAGUGAUGCUAACCCAGCAGCUAAUUACACCUGGUACAAGGAGAACCAAACACUGAUUCAAGGACCAGAAGGCAUCUAUAAUUUCUCCUCCAUCAGCUCUGAGGACAGAGGGAACUACUCCUGCAAGUCUGAGAACAAAUAUAGAGAGAUCAACUCUUCAUUCCUCUUCUUGGACGUCCAGUAUGGUCCAAGACUUCCCUCUGUGUCAGUGAGUCCCUCUGCUGAGAUAGUGGAGGGCAGUUCAGUGACUCUGACCUGUAGCAGUGAUGCUAACCCAGCAGCUAAUUACACCUGGUACAAGGAGAACCAGAUGUUGUUUCAGGGACAAGAUGGCAUCUAUCAUUUCUCCUCCAUCAGCUCUGAGGACAGAGGGAACUACUACUGCAAGUCUGACAAUCUGCAUGGAGAAAUCAACUCUUCAUUCCUCUUCAUAGACGUCCAAUAUGGUCCAAGACUUCCCUCUGUGUCAGUGAGUCCCUCUGCUGAGAUAGUGGAGGGCAGUUCAGUGACUCUGACCUGUAGCAGUGAUGCUAACCCAGCAGCUAAUUACACCUGGUACAAGGAGAAUGGAGAUCCAGACCUUCAACCUCUCAGUAAAGAUCCACAGCUUGUCUUCAGGUCCUUCCGGUUCUCUGACUCUGGAGAGUAUUACUGUACAGCUGAGAACCAGCUGGGGAGGAGGACGUCUGAAUACAUCUGUAUUGAUAUGACAUAUGGUCCAAGACUUCCCUCUGUGUCAGUGAGUCCCUCUGCUGAGAUAGUGGAGGGCAGUUCAGUGACUCUGACCUGUAGCAGUGAUGCUAACCCAGCAGCUAAUUACACCUGGUACAAGGAGAACCAAACACUGAUUCAAGGACCAGAAGGCUUCUAUCAUUUCUCCUCCAUCAGCUCUGAGGACAGAGGGAACUACUACUGCAAGUCUGAGAAUCAGUAUGGAGAGAUCAACUCUUCAUCUCUAUUUAUAGACGUACUGUAUGCUCCAAAGUUUCCCAGAGUGACUCACUCUGCUGAGAUAGUGGAGGGCAAUUCAGUGACUCUGACCUGUAGCAGUGAUGCUAACCCAGCAGCUAAUUACACCUGGUACAAGGAGAAUCAAACACUGAUUCAAGGACCAGGAGGCACUUAUGUUUUCUACUCUUUGAGCUCAAAGGACAAUGGGAUCUACCACUGCAAGUCAGAGAAUAUAUAUGGCUGGCUCAACUCUACACCUGUAAACAUGAAUGUCCAGUAUGGUCCAAGACUUCCCUCUCUGUCAGUGAGUCCCUCUGCUGAGAUGAUGGAGGGCGCUUCAGUGAAUCUGACCUGUAGCAGUGAUGCUAACCCAGCAGCUAAUUACACCUGGUACAAGGAGAAUGAAGACUCACCAAAAGCAUCAGGACAGAUCUUCACCAUCACUGACAUCAGAGCUGAACACAGUGGGAAUUAUUACUGUGAAGCCCAGAACAGAAGAGGACGUCAUAACUCCACCUUACAGCUGAUUGUUGUGUCACGUUCAAUGAAAUCAGUAGCUGCUGGAUCAAUGACUGCCAUUUUACUGGUUAUCAUAUGCCUCUUUGCCUUCUUCUUGAUCAGACAAAAGAGGUCUAUGAAACAAAAAGCUGAGGGACCAGACAACAACGCACAGCCAAAUGUGGGUCCAGUGUACGACAACUGUUCAGCUACAGCACAGAGAAAUCCAUCAGAGGAGCAGGACGACCUUAACUACGCCACCGUAAGCUUCUCUAAAAAUCAGGAAGAUCCUCUCUACUCCAACGUCGGCCUAGCCAAUCCCAAAAGACAGCAACAUGAAGAGGAGGAGGAAGAGGAGGAUGAGGAUGGUGUGGAGUACACUUUUGUCAACUUUAAGAGUUCAAGUUCUUCCCCAGAAUUAAGGUGUCAAGAAGUCUCUGUUGAGGAUUCAUCCGCUCUGUACAGCACAGUCACCAAAACCCCAAGAGUAUGAACAGAAUCUGAGAAUCUGGGAUGUUUACCUCACAGGGUUUACGCAGGUGUCCACAGUGACAUCAAAAUAGUUUAAGGACUGUCCUGGUCAUUAUUGCAUAAAGACGCUUGGAGGAAUCAUACAAACUUCUCAUAUUACCAAGGACUUAUCACAAAGGUUUAAUCAGGGGCUCAUAAUACGAAUUUGUACAAGUUCAGCUCUUUGUAUCGUUCUUUGUAUCGUAGUCUUUCUUUUCUCUGCCAUUUUAAUUUAUUUGUAUUUUUCUUACUGUGGAUGUGUGUUUUUUAAGCCUGUGAUUUAUUUCUCAAAGUUUUAACCCUCAGGCAAUAGUCUGCCAAACAGAGGUGACUGCACUGUUUUAUGUUGUUUAAAUAACCUUUUAUUUUAUUGAAUAAAGAUAUUAAGUUAACAAAUUA